CAUCUCUAUUCUCGUUCUCAGCCCUGAACUUGCCUCUCUCUCUCUCUCUCUCUCUGCAACUGCAAACUACAAAAUCUACAAGAAUCAGGAGUUCAAAACCCAUAUAUUUCAGUUUAUCUAUAUGUCUGCAAGAAUCAAAAGUUCAAAACCUAUUACCUAUAUCAAAACCCAUAUCGGAAGAUCAUUUCAGAUUGUUCAAAAAAUCAAAACCCGUAUCUUUCAGUUUGCAUCGCCCGCUGUUCCAGUUCGGGUUCGCCGUUCGCAAGCUUCAGCCGCUGUCUCUCAACUCUCAAGCUUGCCCCCCUCUCUCUCUGCAACUGCUAACUUGAUUUGAAAGACUAAUUGGUAAAUUUGGGUUGAACUUGAGUCUUGAACAAGCUGAAGGCCCUUAGCGUGGAUUAUAAUUUUUACAAUUACAGCAUCCUACGGUCCUACCAUCUUUUAGAGUGCUUUCAUCACUUCAGACUAAGUAUAAAGCACAACAAAUUGGAUCAAUUGAUAUUCAAGAGAUUCAAUACUUAUAACGGACAAUUGAGGCAAGUCUCCUAAGAGAACUUUUUUCGACAUCAAUGGCUCAAUUCCCAUAACGACCCAUUGCUCAUAGCCUACUACUGAAAACACACACACUACAUGAAUUUGGCAAAGUUGAGUUUUUCUUCAGCAAUCAAAUCAACAUUGAACCAAAAACCCACUUUGAGAACAACCCUAACUCUGUCAAUCUUAGACACCCUCUUGCAGAAAUGCCCAAAUCCCAAGCAAUUCAAUCAAAUUCUCUGUCAGAUGAUACUCACCGGAUUCAUCAAAGACACAUAUGCUUCGAGCAGACUCCUCAAGUUCUCAACUGAUUCACCCUUCAUUGACAUUGAUUACUCUCACAAAAUUUUCAAUCACAUUGAAGACUCAAAUGGGUUCAUUUGGAAUACCAUGAUGAGAGCUUAUUUACAGAGGAACAAUCCUCAGAAAGCUAUAUUUCUUUACAAAUUGAUGCUGGAGAACAAUGUGGAUCCUGACAAUUAUACAUACCCAAUUCUUGUUCAAGUUGCAGCUCUCCGAUUCUCGGAAUUCGAGGGCAAUGAGUUGCAUGAUCAUGUGCUGAAGAUGGGUUUUGAUUCAGAUGUCUAUGUUCAGAAUACAUUGAUUAAUAUGUAUGCAGUUUGUGGGAAUAUAAAUGAUGCAAGGAAGUUGUUUGAUGAAAGUCCUGUGUUGGAUUUGGUUUCCUGGAAUUCUAUGUUAGCUGGGUAUGUUCAGAUGGGGGAUGUAGAAGAGGCAAAGUUGAUAUUUGAUAGGAUGCCUAAAAAGAAUUUAAUUGCUUCGAAUUCUAUGAUUGUGUUAUUUGGUCGGUCAGGCCACAUGGGCGAGGCUUCUCGAUUGUUUAAUGCCAUGGAGGAGAAAAAUAUGGUUACAUGGACUGCAUUGAUUUCUUGUUAUGAACAAAAUGAGAUGUAUGAAGAGGCUCUGUUUAUAUUCAUGCAAAUGAAGGCCAAUGGAGUUAUGGUAGAUGAGGUUGUGGUGGUCAGCCUUCUUUCUGCUUGUGCAAACUUGUCAAUCAUUAAGACUGGGAAAUCUAUUCACGGGUUAGUUCUAAGAAUUGGAGUUGAAUCUUAUGUUAACCUUCAGAAUGCUUUGAUUCACAUGUACUCGAAUUGUGGAGAUAUAAUGGCUGCUCAAGAAUUGUUUAAUAUGAGUUACCACUUGGACCAGAUAUCUUGGAACUCUAUGAUCUCAGGUUACUUAAAAUGUGGAUCAGUUGAAAAGGCUAGGUCAUUAUUUGAUUCCAUGCCCGAGAAGGAUAUCGUGUCAUGGUGUGCAAUGAUAUCUGGUUAUGCCCAACUUGAUCAGUUCUCGGAGACUUUAGAAUUGUUCCAAAAGAUGCAGCUCGAAGACAUUAAGCCUGAUGAGAUCACUUUGGUGAGUGUGAUCUCAGCAUGCACCCACUUGGCUGCCCUUGAGCAAGGGAAAUGGAUCCAUGCUUAUAUAAGGAAGAAUGGCUUAAAGGUUAAUGUCAUUCUUGGCACUACCCUUAUAGACAUGUAUAUGAAAUGUGGGUGUGUGGAAAAUGCGUUGGAAGUCUUUUAUGGGAUGGAGGAAAGGGGGGUUUCUUCUUGGAAUGCUCUCAUUGUUGGAUUUGCAAUGAACGGGUUGGUAGAAAGAUCACUUGAGAUGUUCUCAGAGAUGAAGAAUUCUGGUGUAUUGCCUAAUGAGAUAACCUUUGUGGGAGUUCUCGGGGCUUGUCGGCACAUGGGCUUAGUAGAUGAGGGGCGUCACCACUUUGAGUCCAUGAUUUCAACACACAUGGUUGAACCCAAUGUUAAACAUUAUGGAUGCAUGGUUGAUCUUCUUGGACGUGCAGGUUUGCUCAAAGAAGCAGAGGAACUAAUUGACAGUAUGCCUAUGGCACCAGAUGCUGCUACUUGGGGUGCCUUGCUCGGGGCUUGUAAGAAACACGGUGACAAUGAAAUGGGGGAAAGGAUAGGAAGGAAGCUUGUUGAGCUUCAGCCUGACCAUGAUGGAUUCCACGUGCUAUUGUCCAAUAUAUAUGCUUCAAAAGGUAAUUGGGAUGAUGUUCUGGAGAUAAGAGAGACAAUGAUGCAACAUAGAGUGAUUAAAACCCCAGGUUGCAGCAUGAUUGAAGUCAAUGGUGUCGUUCAUGAAUUCCUGGCAGGAGAUAAGACACAUCCCCAGAUAAAUGAGAUUGAGGAGGUGCUGGAUGAAGUGGCCAAGAGACUAAAGAUGCUGGGUUAUGCCCCGGACACAAAUGAGGUUUUCCUUGACAUCGAUGAAGAGGAGAAGGAAACUAAUCUCUUUAGACACAGUGAGAAGCUUGCGAUUGCAUUUGGGCUAAUCACUACUAGUCCUCCAACACCAAUAAGGAUAAUGAAAAACUUGCGAAUAUGUAAUGAUUGUCAUGCAGCGGCAAAGCUCAUCUCCCAAGCUUUUAAUCGUGAGAUUGUGUUGAGGGAUCGACAUCGAUUUCACCACUUCAAGCAGGGUUUGUGUUCCUGCAAAGAGUAUUGGUAGCGUAGUAUGAUACAGAGCAAGUUGGCUGUGUUAUUGCUCCUUUUGUCAAGCUAGGUUGAGAGGGCAGCUCCAUUUGCUCCUUGAGAAACUAUUCUACUUGCUAGCCCCUUGUCUCUUUCUUUUGGCUUGGAAUCAACAAAGGGAGAUGGAAAUUUAGGAAAAACAAAUAUGACCCUUCAAACAGAACCACAUUCUAGAAAUUGUUGGACUUGAUACUUGUGCUGACACAGUGGUUGGAGAUGCUAUCGGAAGGGGAAACUUUGGUGGUCAAUACAAAAAGAUUGUCUUCAGGGUGAUUAUAGGUCCCAAAAGUUCUGGUUAUGGAUGGAUAUAUCAAAUGGUUCGGACAGUUCCACCGCAUAUCAGAUAACAUGCCACUACAUAUGCCAUAAAUACUGACGACACAUUUCAGCCAGCACCAGAAACCUUUGAUAUCUUUGAUGACGUUAUAUCUUAACGCAGAGUAGAAUAUCAUCCAUCAUGGGCCUUCUUUGUUUUAGGAUUUUCAGAAUGGGUAGGAUUCACUGAGUUCCUUCAGGGUGUGUAAGUCAUCAUGGCUGAAAUUAAUUUGCUUUUAUGUUUUUUCUUCUUUUCUUCAAGGUGAUAUUACUUCCCUAUUGGCUGCUUUGCAGGUAAUAUAUCGAUAAAAAAAAAAAUCAAUCAUAGAACAGGCACUGGAUUUAACAAACUCACAGUUCAUGUUUCUAAUGUGUUCUGUAGAAAUUCAAGAAAUCUCCUUUUGAGAAGAAGCUAGAUGAGGAGCUGUCCAAGUCGUCCUAGAAACGCAAAGCCAUACAUUGUAUUUCUAAAUGUGCACUUAAAAGCUUGAAUGCCCAGGGAAUUCUUUAGAGGUGUAAUGCUCUUGGUUACUUAUUCAAAUCAGUUCAGAUUGUAAUCUUUACAUCUAUCACAAUGGCUGGAUUUUGUAAACUCGGAUUGGCGUUGAUGUUAAUCAUGCAAAUUAUUAUCUGGGUGAUUUUUACUACACUUUCAUCGGUCUUCUAGUUAUACUUUCAGACAUUUGAGCAUAUGCAUCCUAGCUUCAUUCUUAAGGUUCCGCUUUUGUUGUUUGAAGCUGUAGUUUGAAUUCUAAAUCCUGAAGUACAUUUGUGGGCUAGGAGAUGGAUGUAACAUCAGGAGGCUUUAAUGUUAUUGUUGUUACAUGUUUGGUUUA